AUGGAAAAAAAGUCCAAGAAAGGAUCUAAGAAAGGUUCAAAAAAGAGUUCCAAAAAGGGAUCCAAAAAGGGAUCCAAAAAGGGAUCCAAAAAAGGCUCCAAGGCAUCCAAAAAGAAAUCCAAAAGUAAAACAACUUCUAAGAAGGGCUCCAAGAAAAAAUCUUCAAAGGGAUCGAAAAAAAGCAAAAAAAGUAAGAAAAGCAAGAAAAGCAAGUCCUCUAAAGGAUCAAAGAAAGACAAAAGGAAAAAGAAGAAGAAGGAAGCAAUAUUUAUUCCAGCGGAACCUGUUGAAACACCGGAAGAAAAACAAAAAAGAUUGCUUUAUGAUAGCAUUAGAAUAUCUCCAACAGUUAUUAAUUUAGGACCAAAUAUGAGUGCAGACUUGGAGGUCAGGUUUAAACCAAUGGAAACUAUGGACGAUUUUAUGGAAAAAAUAUACUACGAAAUCCAAGAAAAUGUGGAACCUUUGUGUAUUAUUAAGGGUUCUGUAGCUGCUGCUGAUUAUUUGUGGGAUAAGAAUAUUUUACUAUUUGGUUCAGUUAUAAUUGGUUGUCAGUAUUCUAUAUGUGCUUUACUAAAAAAUAAUGGAAAUAUAAAAGCUGGGUUUAAAUUAAGUGUUGAUCGUCCAGAACAUUUUAACAUUAGUCCAACUUUUGGAAUAUUAUAUCCAAAAACAUGUGUACCAAUUAACGUUGUAUUUUACCCACAAGAAAUAUCCACCAAAAUUUUAGCCACUGUAAAAUGUGAAGUUGAGAGCUUUAAUGCACCAGUAGUAUUACGCCUUAAUGGACAAUGCAAAAAUAUUCCUGAUUCAAAAGAAACCUUAAGUUUUACUUGUCCAGUUAGAGAACAAAUAUCUAAGACUAUUACUAUAACGAAUGACACAAACACUGUUUGGAAAAUAAAAACAAUUCUUGUUUCCAAACACUUUCAUUGUCCUUCAGAAUUAAUUGUUGAAAAAUAUUCUUCUGAAAGCUUGGAAAUCACCUAUCAACCCAUGGAAAUGACUUUAAUUUCAAUGCAUAACAAUGUCUUAUUCUUACCAUUGCCUGAGGGUCAAGGAUUGCUUUAUAAACUUUUAGGAACUGCAGAAAAACCUUUACCAAUUACUAAAAUAAAUCGUGAAAUCCACUGCAAAACCAUAUUCUCCGAAAUUUUACCCAUUGAUAAUUGGCUAAACUAUGCACAAUAUUUCACGGUGACCACUGAAUUAAUAACACCAAUAACAACAAAAAUGUUGUAUAAAGUUGGUGGAAGUCGGGUGACAGAUCUUCAACCAAAAGGAACAAAAGAUUAUAAAUGGUCAAUAUAUGUAGUUAACGAAGGAAAAUUGGAUUUUAAAGUAAUUUUCAAGAACGAAAGUACUAAGGAGUUUAUGUUUUAUGAAAUAUCGUUAACAGUUUUGCCAGGAUUACCGUUGGAAGUUAUAUCUCUUAAGACAUGUGUAAGGCAAAUCGUUUCUCAUAUUUUAAAAGUUGAAAACCCUGUUGAUAUUCCUGUGACAUACAACAUAUCUUGCGAUUCUUCGUUUUUAUUUUUUGAAAAAAUUGUACCAGUAAACGCUUAUAAUGUGCAUGAAUUACUUCUGGAAUAUAAACCUUUAAAGACGGAGGAUACAAGAACCACCUUAAAAGUAACAACAGAGUCGCUAGGAACUUUUACAUAUGAAAUACAUUUGGUAUGCCUUCCUGGAUUACCUGAACCUAUGGUGAAGUUCAAGACCAGUCUAAGUGAACCAAAUACGAGUAUUAUUAAAUUUCACAAUAAAUAUGAAAAAACCUUGGAAUUUAUACCCAAGGUAAGGAUUUUUUUGGACUAUUUCCCUCGUCUUAUUUUCCACCAAACACAAACGCGCAAUUUUGAAUUACAAAUGGUUUCUAGGUGA